GCUUGGCCAUUUGCCUUCUCCAUUUUUCCUGCUAAAAUGCAGCGAAUGUUUCCCGCGCCACUGGCUCCGCUGCUUCUCCUUCUCUUACUUGCAGUGUCUCCGGUCAUUUGCUGGCGCCCAUGGCCUCAUCUCAAGGCCAACGACUCCGAUUUAAUCUUCGGUGGUUCCAAAAAAUACGAGGGGUCAUCGAAAUUUGUUCACAUGAGGUACCACAUGGGUCCGGUCCUCACCACCCACAUCAACGUCCACACAAUCUGGUACGGGACUUGGCAGCGGUCUCAGAAGAAGAUCAUCCGUGAGUUCAUUUCCUCAAUCUCCGCCGUCGAUUCGAACCACCCUUCGGUCUCCGGCUGGUGGAAGACGGUACAGCUCUACACGGACCAAACCGGCGCCAACAUUUCCCGGACGGUGCGUUUAGGGAAGGAGAAGAACGACCGGUUCUACUCUCAUGGAAAAUCCCUCACGCGCUUAUCCGUUCAGUCCGUGAUAAAGAGCGCAGUCACGGCGAGAACAAAUCCGUUACCGAUAAACCCGAAAGGUGGGCUCUACCUUGUCCUCACAUCUACUGACGUGUACGUCCAUGAUUUCUGCGGCCAGGUUUGUGGGUUCCACUAUUUCACAUUCCCGUCCAUCGUGGGGUACACGCUCCCGUUCGCGUGGGCGGGUAAUUCGGCGAAACUCUGCCCUGGUGUUUGCGCUUAUCCGUUCGCCGUCCCGGACUACAUCCCCGGGUUAAAGCCGCUAAAGUCACCGAACGGAGAUGUUGGCGUCGACGGGAUGAUAAGCGUGAUCGGUCACGAAAUCGCCGAGCUGGCGACAAACCCGCUGAUAAACGCCUGGUACGCCGGGCAAGACCCUGUGGCGCCCGUGGAAAUAGCGGAUUUGUGCGAGGGCAUUUACGGAACGGGGGGUGGAGGAUCGUACAUGGGACAGCUUUUAAAGGGUAAAGAUGGCGCCACGUAUAACAUGAAUGGGAUCAGACGGCGGUAUUUGGUUCAGUGGGUUUGGAACCAUGUGGUGAAUUACUGUACUGGGCCUAAUGCACUGGAUUAGUAAUUUUUUCUUUAUUGUUUUCUCCUUUUUCUUUUUCUUUUUUUUUUUUUUUUGAUUUUUUUGGGUAAUUUUAUGUUGGGAUUUGGAUAUUGGUUUUGUGGUGGCUGUUGUCAGUUGAAGCAAAAUUGGUAAAAAUUAUGUUUUAAGUUCCCAACUUUGUAAUAGAGGGCUCCAAAGCCCCUCAAGUAAUAACAUAGUAAAUAGGCCCCUUAUCUAAAAGGAAAUAGCAAAAUGCCCACAAUUAAACGUUGGGAAGCCAU